AAUGCACAUGCGCGCACGUGCAAUCGUCUGUCUGUAAGCUCCGAUCAGCUGUAAGCGAAUACGUGGAUAUUGGAGUGAAGAGUGCGCACUUCGCACACCGUUCCAACGGAGUAAUAUCAUGACGGAAUAAAGGCGCCGUCGAUAACGGCUUGGGUGACGAUAAACGCACGCACAGCAGCAUCGAUCAGCCGCUCGUAUAUAUCGGCGCUUUUUUAUUAUUCCACGUGGAUUCGCGGCGCGCUCGAGCGAUCGCGCGUGUGUGCAUCAUCGAAUCUCCACUGGAGGCACGUCUUCCACCUUCGUCCCGAUUAUCUCGUUAUUUCGCGCCGCGAAUUUAAUUAAUUAUCGCGCGCGCGCGCGCGCACGUUGUUGUGCGUUGGACUACCUCUGUUCGUUUCUCCCUCCUCCUUCCCGCUGGCUGUCUUCCUUUUCCUCAUCCUCCUCGUCCUCCUUGUUAGAUAUUUGCUUUCCCGUGCGCUCGCCGCAUUAGCCGCUUUUCCACCCUCUUCACGAUCAUCCUAUCUCGCUUCUUUGUCUUCCAUCCUUGUUUUCUGUAGUCCUUGUCUUGCGCCACCUUCACCCUCACUUUCUCUCUCUCUCUCUCUCUCUGUUUUCCGUUCCUACGAAGAUUACGCUAUCGUGUAUUUUUUAUCGGGCUCCUGAUUAAAACCGGACCACCCUUCCGACCUACCGAAUAGCUCCUCGCCGCUUCGUGACUGCCGUUUUCGGCGAAUAACGCCUCCGCUUCACGACAACCCUCCAGUCCCUCGAAGACGAUAGUUAACGAGUACCUCCGUGACGGCCGAUCUCCCCCUCACGUGUCAAGUACUCACUGGCUCCGUCGCGGUCGUGCUUUAUGCGCGUAGCGAUAAGUAAUCUACGAGCUUCCACGUCGCUCGAGACCGCGCCUCUGUCGUAGUGACCGGUCCGUCGUUGUGAGUGAGGACGAAAAAAGGACGAAGCCGUGUGAGCGCGUCGAGAAGCACUCGAAAUUCGGGUAACGGCGCGAGUACACAGAGUGGCGCGAUAGUAUUAGUGGCUCCGUGAAAGAUCGUCCAAGCUAAGAAAUGCUGAUACCCGUGUCGACGUCGCCCUCGUCCAGCAACGGCGAUGGCGCCAUCAAGCUCUUCGUCGGACAGAUACCGCGUCAUCUCGAGGAGGACGCUCUCCGCCCGAUGUUCGAGGAGUUCGGCAAGAUUUACGAAUUCACCGUCCUCAAAGACAAGUACACGGGCAUGCACAAGGGUUGCGCGUUCCUCACCUACUACAGCCGUGACAGCGCAAUCAGCGCCCAGAACGCUCUGCAUGAGAAGCGGACUUUACCAGGGGUAAGCACGAACAUCUUGCACGGGACCGUUUUGGUGCCAGCGAUGAUAUUCUAACCUCGAUGCUGUAAUGUAUUUCACGCGAGUGACUCAUGAUUCACGAUCUACAUCGUUAUCGCGAAUCAUAACCGGCCUGGUCUAUGCCCGCGCGCGCGUGACAAAAUACAAUACACGGCCUGUUUCUUCGAAUCAUCGACGCGGUAAAUUUUCAGGCAGAACAUAUCGCGUCUGCAGAUAAAAGUUCGAUCCUCAUACUGAUAUCGCGAGAGGGGACGAAAGCGGCGGUGCUAACAGACAUUCGUAGGCUCUACGGGGGGGAUGGGGGGUGACUUUCGCGCGACAGUCAGUCCGCCGGCUGUGCCAUUCGUAAAGGUGGGUGCACACGACUAUGACAAAGUAAAGUAUAUUAAGCUCAUCGGCAUGCAGAGUUCGCUCGGGCCGGCUUAAUACGCGAACUGGGGAGCCCGGGUAUCCACCCUCCCCUAUUCACCCUUCGCCACCUACCUACCUACCUACCUACCUACCUACCCAUCUACCUACCUACCCACCUACCUACCCAUCUACCUGCCUGCCUGUCUGCCUGCCUGCCUGCCUGCCUAGCUCACCGAUGCCACCGACCUACGGUUUGCUGAAGUAUCCGCCGCGGUGUCUGCAGGGUGAGUGCCUCUCGCGCUAUCCACCUUCUCCACCUUCGUCUCUGUUCUCGAGCCGUUCUCGACCCUCGAAGCUCCCGACAAGCCGACCGCCGUUACCCUCUCGCCGAUCCUCCUCGUCCCCGUCGCGCCGCGCUCUCCCAAGCCACCUUCCUCAUGGGCCGCGCACUUACGGCGAACUACGACGUGCCGCGGGAAUACAAUAAUUCCCGUGGGCGGCCGUAUCUUUUUCCCCGUAACACAACGCCGCGAAAAAGCGGCCGUGUCGCGCCGUGAAUAUUAACGAGCCCUGCGGGGGUGCACUGCGGCGACGUGUAGAGGGGCGGCCACCACUCGGUAGCUACCGGCGGUAGAAGCUGCGAGGUUUCGAUGGAGAGGAUUAGAGCGGGUUAGUUUUGUGCAUUUCGUGUCUGGCAUGUGGCCGGCCUACGUUACGUUUCCGCUGCGAGGUCUGAUACGACUCGUUGCGAUUCACUGACGAUUCACCGAGAAAUAUUAUCAUGUGUAUGUAAGAGAAAAAUAUAUCAUAUAUAUUUUAUAGUAAAUAUAUCCUAUCAGAAAAAGUGCGCGUUACCGAAAAUCUCGAAUGUAUCGAAACUUGAAGCCUCUUUUCCGCGACGCUGAUUAGCCGUCCCGACUGUCUCGAUUGGCUUGAUCGAGGUAUGCUAGAUUCAAUCUGCUUACAGCUGUCAGAUGCAUGUGACGGAUCUGAUUGUGUUGUUCGCGUUAUAUGAAUUUGAUAUUUAUUGUAAUCUCAGCAAACACAAUGUUACAUGUAACAUACAUGUUAGUUGUAAUUUCUUACUCAACAAACAAUAUAACUGUUAUAUAAUAUACGUGUUAUAUAACAGUUACACUGU